AUGCCAUCUCCUCCAAGAUCGAAACGCCCAACGACCUCCCCGUCAUCUUCUUCAUCGCCACAGGGAGGUCAGCUGUCUCGUCAAAGCAGCGCCAAUUCAAAUCCCAGUGGUGCUCAGCAUCGGACUCCCGCUCAACAAAGCUCGAGCGGGCAGGCAAAUCGCUCCCUGGCAGAUGUCCUGACAGAACGGUCGGACUCUCUUGCAUUGAGUCUUUUUGGUGGGCUUGUUGAUGCCUCGGACAACUUGUCUGCGGAUAAGAAGCCAGACUUGAAGUGGAUCAAGGUCGAACCAGGACAAUCACCGAAAUCGCCCACGGGAAAAUAG